AACAUAGCCAGCGAGGCGUGGUCUGCAUUUUACCAAAUUGCCUCGGACGAAGCAAGUAAAUUUCCCAUCGACCAGAUAAAGAAAAAACAAGUCAAAAUGCAGCUCAAGAUGCUUCAGGAUAAAGGCUCUGGGGCCUUACCUCCAAAGGAAUACCGGCAGCUGAUGCCUCGAGGAGUGGAGAUGGCGGGGGGGGGGCCUCGCGCUGCGCACUUUAGGACCCAGAAGCUGUCAUCACUGGUUGGCCAUUGCCGAGGCUGGUGCUUAGUUCGCCUAGCAAUGCUCGAUGAUCAGCAGGCGAUUGGAUUGACCGUUCUGAUGGCCGAGAGCAAGGAUUACAACAAGAGGCUCUGGGCCUGGGAAGGCUGGCGAGUGAACGUGGGGAAAAGGCUCCGACCACUCUACGAGGAAUAUGCAGCUUUGAAGAACAAGGCAGCAAUAAUGAAUGGUUACGAAGACUAUGGUGACUACUGGCGGGGAAACUACGAAACCGAUGAUGUUGGAGUGUAUGCGUACAGUCGAAACGAUCUCCUGAAAGAUGUGGAUAGACUACUUGAAGAGAUAAUGCCCCUGUACAAGGAACUGCAUGCAUAUGUGAGAGCAAAACUCCGAGAUACCUUUGGGCCAGAACAUAUCAGCUCCACAGGAUGUCUCCCUGCUCACUUAUUGGGUAAGAUCAUUUUAUAA